AUGGAUGCCAUUGCCAAACGUGAAUUCACCGAGCUUGCCUUGGAUGGAAGCAAUUAUUUGACAUGGGCCCUUGAUGUUGAGAUUUAUCUCACAUCAACUGAACUACAACACACAACCAUUGAAAAUUCCCCGAGCGAUGACGCUGAGAAAGCCAAUGCCCUAAUUUUUCUCCGCCACCACCUCAACCAUGAUCUCAAGAAUGAGUACCUCACUAAAAAAGACCCACAUGCCCUUUGGAAAUCCCUUAAAGAUCGUUUUGACCAGCAGACAUCACUGCUGUUGCCACAAGCACAAUAUGAUUGGUUAAACCUCCGAUUCCAGGAUUUUAAAUCAGUGACUAAAUAUAACUCAGCUUUAUACAAGGUCGUAUCUCAACUCAAGCUUUGUAUGCAGGAAAUCUCAGAUAUAGAAUUGAUAGAAAAAACCUUGUCCACAUUUCAUGCUAAUAAUCUUGUACUUCAGCAGCAGUACAGGACCAAAAACUAUUCUAAGCAUUCAGAGCUGAUUUCUGCUUUACUGGUCGCUGAUAAGCACAACCAAUUAUUAAUGCGUAACCAUAAUGCACGUGCAGUCGGCGCUGCACCUGUACCUGAAGUACACUAUGUUUCCCAAUUGAGCAAAAAUCAGAGGGGAAGAGGUCGAGGCCAUGGUAGGGACCCGAAGCGAGGUGGCAGGAGCGGAGCUAAUAACGAUGAUUCUUGA